UUUUGACAGAUGUCGGUUUUGUCGACAAAUCACAUAUGAAUAUUGCAUUCUAUAGUCUUGUAAAGUUUUUUAUUUUUAAUAAAUACGUGACAAAAUAUAAGUUGAAUAUCUUAAGCGAUCAGAGCACAAUACCAUAUAUUUUUAUUGGGGUUCAAUACGUGCUAGGCUGUAAGUAAUAUGGAAUCUGAGAUUGAAAGAGAACAGUUACUUGCCCAUCAGACGAAACCAGCCGUUCCAUGUGAUAUAGUGAAUGAAUGUCAAAUGUUCUUAAAGGCGGAAGAGGGGGGUGGUGAUGCUCAUGUAAACAUGAAAGAAAACGUAGAAGCAGGACAAAGUGAUAGAUCCAACUUCUUCAAUUCAUCUCCAUAUCCGACUAAAGAGGUUUUAUCUGAUGAUACAGUAAACAUAGCUGAUGGCAAUGAUUCACAAGACAGUGAAAAAAAGUCAGCAAUUGAUAGUACAACAGAUGUUGAACCUGACAACGGACUGCCGAAUACAGUGACUGUUUUGGAUGCUCCUGAUGGAGGGAAGAUAUAUCUUGUUGGAACUGCUCAUUUCAGUUUAGAAUCUCAAGAAGAUGUAUCCAAGGUUAUACAAAAAGUAUGUCCGCAUAUUGUAAUGGUAGAGUUAUGUGAACAGAGAACCAAUAUCUUACUGCUCGAUGAAGAGGUUAUAUUGAGGGAAGCUAAGAAUAUCAAUAUAGCUAAAAUAAGGACAACAAUGGCUGAAAAUGGUGUAUUUAAUGGCCUUAUGUACAUAUUAUUGUUAAAUAUGUCAGCUCACAUCACUCGUGAGCUCGGUAUGGCCCCCGGAGGUGAAUUCAGACGAGCUAUGGCUGAGGCCAAAAAGAUACCUAACUGUGUUAUCCAACUCGGUGAUAGAGCCAUCGAUAUAACACUACACAGAGCUAUAUCCUCAUUGACCUGGGGUCAGACAAUACGGUUCAUAUGGCACUUACUCACAUCCAACCAGACUAUCAGUUUAGAGGAAGUUGAGAGAUGUAAACAGAAGAAGUUGCUAGAAGACAUGUUGGAGGAAAUGGCCGAAGAGUUCCCGCCAUUGAAGCGUGUGUUUGUAGUUGAGAGAGACAUGUAUUUGAGUCAUUCACUACAAGUUGCUGCUCUACAACCACGUCGGGAGCCGUGUAGAAUCGUCGGUGUUGUCGGGAUAGGUCACGUGGCUGGUAUUGUUGAACACUGGGGCAAAAUCAGUCCACAAGAUAUAGCGCCGCUGUUGAAGGUCCCUCCGCCGUCUGUGUCGACUCGCGUCCUUCGUGUGUGUGUCCGCGCCGCGUGUGCGGGCGCUCUAGUGUACGCCGUUUACAAGAUGGUGCCUAGAAGAUGGCUUCCAUGACGGAUAUAUACGAUAAUCGAGGUUGUCCUUAUAGUCGCCGCUUUGAUAAGGACUUUGCUCACAGAUGAUAUAAAAUGAUUCUCAUUUUUUUUUAUCUUUUGAAUUAUUCUAUCAUCGAUAACUGUUCUUGACAAAAAAAAAAUUAUGUCAUACUUUAAGUUUCUUUACAUUAUAAUGUUUGUUAUAAAAAUAUUUUUCCUUAAGUUUUUACUAUCUGUAUUCAAAGGAGUUUGAUUGAUACAUUUUUUUUUAAAGUCAUCAAAAUUUUUACAUUUUAAGUAAAUUUUAUUUUAAUUAUUGUUUUAUGUUUAAAGUAUUGUUAGAUGGUAAAGUGUUAAAUCUGACAAAAAUGUUAUAGUUAAUUAAAAUAGUUGAGAAUGUUUAAUAUAAGUUUAAAAAUAA